GCUCUAGUUUCACAAUGUUUGGGGAUCUCUUUGAAGAAGAUUAUUCCAGUGUGUCAAGUUAUCAGUAUGGAAAAGAGAAGAAAUUAAAGACCAAAGCUGUGGAGCCACCGGCUCCUAGAGAAUUCACCAAUUUAAGCGGAAUUAGAAAUCAGGGUGGAACCUGUUACCUCAAUUCCCUUCUUCAGACUCUUCAUUUCACACCUGAAUUCAGAGAAGCUUUAUUUUCCCUUGGCCCAGAAGAGCUUGGUUCAUUCGAGGAUAAGGAUAAACCUGAUGCAAAGGUUCGGAUCAUACCUUUACAGUUACAACGGUUGUUUGCCCAGCUUCUGCUCUUAGACCAGGAUGCAGCAUCCACAGCAGACCUCACUGACAGCUUCGGGUGGACCAGCAAUGAGGAAAUGAGGCAACAUGAUGUGCAGGAACUGAAUCGAAUUCUCUUUAGUGCUUUGGAAACUUCUUUAGUCGGGACCUCCGGCCAUGACCUCAUCAAUCGUCUGUAUCAUGGAACCGUUGUUAACCAGGUUGUUUGUAAAGAGUGUAAGAAUGUCAGUGAAAAGCAGGAAGACUUCUUAGAUCUAACAGUAGCAGUCAAAAAUGUGUCAGGUUUGGAAGAUGCCCUCUGGACCAUGUAUGUAGAAGAGGAAAUGUUUGACUGUGACAACUUAUACCACUGUGGGACUUGUGACAGGCUGGUUAAAGCUGCGAAGUCGGCCAAAUUACGUAAGCUGCCUCCCUUUCUUACUGUUUCAUUAUUAAGAUUUAAUUUUGAUUUUGUGAAGCGUGAACGAUACAAGGAAACUAGCUGUUACACGUUCCCUCUCCGGAUCAAUCUCAAGCCUUUUUGUGAACAGAAUGACUCGGACGACUUGGAGUAUGUCUAUGACCUUUUCUCAGUUAUUGUACAUAAAGGUGGUUGCUAUGGAGGACAUUACCACGUGUAUGUUAAAGAUGUCGAUCAUCUGGGAAACUGGCAAUCCCAGGAGGAAAAAAGCAAACCAGAUGUGAAUUUAAAAGAUCUCCAGAAUGAACAAGAGAUUGACGAUCCACUGAUAAUUCUGAAAGUGAUCUUACUACAGGAGGAGAAUAAUGUAAUUCCUGUUGAUCACCUGGGCCAGAAACUCUUGAAAAAGAUAGGAACGUCUUGGAACAAGAAGUACAAAAAACAGUAUGGACCACUGCGAAAGUUCUUACAGCUUCAUUCCCAGGUAUUUCUACUCAGUUCAGAUGAAAGUACAGUUAGUCUAUUGAAGAACGGUUCUCUCCAGGCUGAGUCUGAUUUCCAAAGGAAUGAUCAACAUAUUUUCAAGACACUUACUUCAGAAUCCCCAGGAUUAAAUGAUAGAACCUCCUGUCCCCACUGGUUUGACAUAAAUGAUUCCAAAGUCCAACCAAUCAAGGAAAAAGAUAUUGAACGGCAGUUUCAGGGUAAAGAAAGUGCCUACAUGUUGUUUUAUCGGAAAUACCAGUUGCAGAGACCCCCAGAAGCUCGAGCUAAUCCAAGAUACGGGGUUCCAUGUCAUUUGCUGAAUGAAAUGGAUGCAGCCAACAUUGAACUGCAAACAAAAAGGGCAGAAUGGGAUUCUACAAACAAUAAUUUUGAGUUGCAUCUCCACCUGGGCCCUCAUUAUCAUUUCUUCAAUGGGGCUCUGCACCCAAUUGUCUCUCAAGCAGAAAGUGUGUGGGAUUUAACCUUUGAUAAAAGGAAAACUUUAGGAGAUCUUCGACAGUCAAUAUUUCAGCUGUUAGAUUUUUGGGAAGGAGAUAUGAUUCUUAACGUGGCAAAGUUUGUACCAGCAGGACUUCAUGUUUACCAGAUGCUUGAUGGGGAUGACCUGAUGCUGUGUGAAAUGGAGAUUGCAGACGGGGAAGACCUCUUUGUAUGGAAUGGGGUGGAGGUUGGUGGCAUCCAGAUUCCAACCGGGAGUGACUGUGAACCUCUGCUCUUAAAUGUUCUUCAUUUAGCAACAAGCAGCGAGGGGGAAAAGUGUCAGCAGUUGGUAGAGUCUCCACACGUCUUUCCAUCCAAUGCAGAAGUGGGUGCUGUGCUCACUGCCCUGGCUGUGCCCGUGGGUGUCCUCUUCGUCAGCGCCACGGACCCUGCCGGGGAAGAGAACUGGGUCGCUGUUCCCAAGGAAGACCUGAAGAAGACGUUCAGAGAGCAGGGCCUCGGGAACAAGAGCUCGGUUCUCGUUCAGGAUUCUAGAGAUAACAGUUUGUUGCUCAAACAAGGGAAAUGGUUCGCUGGUAUGAAUGAGAUCAACUGGCUCCAAGUUCAAAAUUUAUGUGAAUUCGAAUCCGAAGAGAAGCAAGUUAAAAUAUCAGCAACUGUGAACACAGUGGUGUUUGAUCUUCGAAUUAAAGCCAUAAAGGAACUAAAAUUAAUGAAGGAACUAGCUGAGAACAGCUGUUUGAGACCUAUUGAUAGAAAUGGGAAGCUGCUUUGUCCAGUGCCAGACAGUUACACUUUGAAGGAAGCAGAACUGAAGAUGGGGAGUUCACUGGGACUGUGUCCUGGAAAAGCGCCAACUUCCUCUCAGCUGUUCCUGUUUUUCACUGUGGGGAGUGAUGUUCAGCCUGGUACAGAGAUGGAGAUCAUAGUAGAAGAAACAAUAUCUGUGAGAGAUUGUUUGAAGCUCAUGCUGGAGAAGUCUGGCCUACCGGGAGACACGUGGCAUUUACGAAAAAUGGAUUGGUGUUACGAAGCUGGAGAGCCUUUAUGUGAAGAAGACGCAACCCUGAGAGAACUUAUGAUAUGCUCUGGAGAUACUUUGCUUUUAAUUGAAGGAAAACUUCCCCCUCCGGGUUUCCUGAAGGUGCCCGUCUGGUGGUACCAGCCUUGGGGGCCCACGGGUCACUGGAAGAGUCAUCCGGACCAGAGGACCGGUACCCCUUCUCCAGGUGGGGUCUGGAGGGCUGCUUCCACCCAAGGCGCUCCUGGUGACCUGCACGGGGAGGUUUCCCUCCGCUACUUGGGGGACCUCGAGAUCUCCGAAGAUGCCACCGUGGCAGAGCUGAAGUCCCAGGCCAUGACCUUGUCCUCCUCCUCGGAGUUCGUCAUCCCCUCCCCAGCCUUCCUCAGAGCCUGGACCGUGGAGAGCCAGCGCCCCGGCAGGCUUUUACGAACCAACCGGCAGCAGCUCAAGGAAUACAAACUGGGAAGGAAAACUGAGAUCUGCUUAGAGCUCCUUCAGAAAGAAGAAAAUUUGGGCCCCCAGGACGUGGUGCUAAGGACGCAGAUGCGCCUCCCCGGCGAGAGGGCCUACGCCCCGUGCGUGGACCUGGUGUGGGACACGGCCCGAGGCUGGACGGCUGGCUCCCUGAGGCAGCGAGUCGCCCACUUCUGCUCUCUUCCCGUGGAGAAGAUUGAAAUUGCCAAGUACUUCCCCGAAAAGUUUGAGUGGCUUCCGAUAUCGAGCUGGAACCAGCAACUUACCAAGAGAAAAAAGAAGAAAAAGCAAGAUAAUUUGCAGGGGGCGCCUUAUUACUUGAAAGACGGAGACACAAUUGGUAUUAAGAAUCUCCUGGUUGAGGAUGACGAAGACUUCAGUACAGUCGCAGAUGACCUGGGAAAGAAAAGCCAGGAAGCCCUUCGUGUGCAGAGCAGUGACCUUUCCUCCAAUGCCAGGACGCCCGGCCGGCCCCGUGCCCCAGAAGCUUCUCUCUCCAUCCACGUGGGGAGUUUCAGAUAGCGCGGGGGGCGUGCGGGCAGGCGUGGCGGUUUUCUGCCUUCUGCAGACACGGACUCCGAGUCCUGCCCUUGGUCACCAGCAGGGGCCUCCCCAAGUGCACGUUAUCCAGGGGCUGACCCCGACCCCGGCCGCCGUUCGUAGAGGAAAACUCGCUAGUUUUGCAUUAACCGCGGGCACGGAUAAAAUGGCACAGCGCUGAGCCCGGACCCGUCUGCCGCGUGAAGCCCCCACGUUGCCCCUUCCGGCCUUACCCUGCUCGCGGGAGGCCUGGGGGCCUGAGCGGACGACGGCUCCCGGCGGGCGGGCUGUUUGCGGCCCCUCGGCGCGCCAGCCCCCUGCGGUCUGGGUGGAGACGGGCUCUGAAGCCCCCGCCGCCUUUCCCGCUGAAGGACGGGGACGCGCGGCUCGGCGCGUCCUCGGCUGCAGCUGCGCGGCCGGCGGCCGUGACCGCAACCCUCGGUGCCUGGAGGCCCGGUGGGGGCGGCCGAGCCAGCGCGGCCUGAGUCGCCUCCGCGCCGGAGGCAAGACGUACACCGGACGGUGUUCCUCCCCCCAAGCACGGCGCGCGCCUGUUCCCGGGCCGGCCGACGGCGCCGGGGCGGGCGGGGGGGGGCUCGCGGCCUCAGAGUCCGGCCGGGCCGCAAGCAGGGCUCCUGGCGGGGAGCCCUUCGCUCUCCUAGGCCGGGCGAGGCUUCCGAGCCGGCAGGACAGCCGUGCGCCGGGGUCCCGGCCGCGCCACGGCCCCGGCGGGCGCGGUGCGCGUGGUGGCGCCCCGGGUUGAAGGGCCGCGGCCGCGGGGGGCGGGGUGCAAGCCGCCCGGUGCCUUUGCUCUGAGCGAAGCCCCUCGGUCUGCCCCUUCGCCUUACGGAGGCCGCGCCUCCAAGGACCCGGCCGGGAGCCUCGGGCGGCUCUGCGCGCCUUCGCUGUGGGCAGGGGGGGGGCCUCGGGGGGCUCUAAGUUUGUUACCCCUUAGUUCCUCGGGUCGUGGCCUCCCCGUUUCUGCACCAACUGUUGCACGUUCUCCUUGGCUCCCCCCCCCGCCCCCAAGUGCACUUCAGAUGCUAAAUAAACGUUUAUUCUUCCGAAA